UUACCCACUAUCUCACCACACAGAGAGGUUCAGAGCCAUCGCUCUACUUUCACAGCUGCUUGCCAUCAGAUCAUGGGAUAAAAUCGGGUCUCAGGGGUUUUUGCUCACAUUUGGAAAAUGACUGUGAAGGUUUCUGGAAGCGUUUGCUCUCGUCUCCCCGGUGGACUACUGCAGUGUGCUGGAGUCCAACGCUAUGCCUGCUACUGACAGUGUCGAGUCUGGCAGCAGAAGUGGGUAACCAUGAGAGGGGGUCACCACCAGCGAGGGUGUGGCUGUCAGCAUCUGUUCAGGAAACUGCUCCGCCAGUGUGGUUGCUGCUUUGUCAGAGGUACAGCAGAGUCGUACUCUGUGGCGGACAGUGACGGCAGCGUCAGCCCGUCUGUGGCAUCUCUGCCUCAGCAAGCCUCAGGCAGCACCAGCCCCUGCUCACCCUCCUCCUUCAGCGGAACACGCCAUCCUGUGAGCACCUUGAAGAAAUGGCUUUCCAACCCGGUCCGUAAGCUGAGCUCUGGUGCCAGAACUGAAGCAGACAAAGUGGACAAGCAGAUCUUCAGGUCAGAAGAGAAGCAGCCGCCGGUGCUUUUUUCCCACAGUGAGACCCGGCAAAGUUCUCUGAAGACGCACGAUAAUCAAUCCUCACUGACUUCUGGAAACAUGGAGUGGAAAAACGGUCUUCUGAACCCAGCGGCUCCGUCUCCAUCCCCACUGUCCCAUCAGAACUGCUUAUGUGAACGCCAGCAAAGCAGAGACUCACAGAGUCUAAGUCAGAAGUCCAGCAGUAACACUCUCCCAGGAGACGACAGCGGGACAGCAGCUGACGACUCGGCGAGUCAGGGAUCUGCUGCAGUGGACAGCGAAGAAGAAAGAAGUGUCGCUUUAGAGAAGAGCUUGUAUGUUCUGACAGAGCUCGUUGAGACAGAGAGGUUGUAUGUUGAAGAUCUUGGAUUAAUCGUUCAGGGCUACAUGAGCAUGAUGUCCAGCCAGAGCGUCCCAGAGGAUCUGAGAGGGAAGGACAGGAUUGUGUUUGGAAACAUCCAACAAAUUUAUGACUGGCACAAGGAGUAUUUCCUGGGAGAGUUGGAGAAAUGUGUGGAUAAUCCAGACAGCCUGGCCAAACUCUUCAUCAAACACGAGCGACGGCUUCACAUGUAUGUGGUCUACUGCCAGAACAAACCAAAGUCAGAGCACGUCGUCUCUGAAUACAUUGAGACCUACUUUGAGGAUCUCCGGCAGCAGCUGGGUCACAGACUGCAGCUCAACGAUCUCCUGAUCAAGCCUGUUCAGAGGAUCAUGAAGUAUCAGUUACUGUUGAAGGACUUUUUGAAAUAUUAUAGCAAAGCUGGGCGGGACGUUGAGGAGCUUCAGAAUGCAGUGGAGGUGAUGUGUUUUGUGCCAAAGCGUUGUAAUGACAUGAUGAAUGUGGGAAGACUCCGAGGCUUUGAGGGGAAAAUCACAGCUCAGGGGAAGCUGCUCCAGCAGGAUACUUUCUCUGUCAGCGAGCAGGAAGCCGGCCUCCUGUCCAGAGCAAGGGAGAGGCGUGUCUUCCUGUUCGAGCAGCUGGUCAUCUUCAGCGAGCCAACUGAUAAGAAAAAGGGAUUUUUGCUGCCAGGGUACAUAUUUAAAAACAGCAUCAAGGUCAGCUGUUUGGGUGUGGAGCAGCCCUCAGAGGAGGACCCCUGCUGUCUGGUCCUGACCUCGCGGGGAACCAACAGCAGUGUGACCCGGUUCAUCAUGCAUGCUUCGUUUCCAGAGACACAGCAGGCUUGGUUCAAUGAUGUUGUCCAGAUCUUAGAGACUCAAAGGAACUUUCUGAAUGCCCUCCAGUCUCCGAUAGAGUACCAGCGCAGGGAAAGCCUGUCCAACAGCUUAGGCAGGACCGUGAAGUCUCCAGCUGUGCCCCCGUCCGGCCAGCGGCUUCACUCCUCGGAGUCCAUGGACAGGCCUCACCAGCCCUGCCUGCUGUCCUACAACAACUCGCUGCCCUCUCUUCACUCGCCACGACUGCAGCCAAGCUCCAAGACCUCGAACCAGUGUGAGGGGACGUUCCGAGCAGCUCCAUUUUCCUCAUUUCAGCAGCUCAGUAUGCGCUCAAAAGUGAAGCCUGACUGUGCUUCAUGCACCAGCCUGUCACCCUGCAGCCAUCACAGUCACAAGGGGGUGUCUGCCAGUUUCCAGACCAUCACGUUCUGUGAUGCUGCCUCUUAUUCAGCGCAUCGACCGCACAGCUUGGAUCAGCUAAAGGAGACAGAACAGCCGUGACCCAUCAAUGAGGCACAAACUCUGUCCUCUCAAUCCUGCACUGAAAUCCACAGGGUCCCUGUUGAGUCUUUCCUUUGAUACAGGCCUGUCUGGAUUCUAGUGGCUUGAUUUUGUUGUGUUAUAUACAGGAUACGAUGAUUAGAUAAGUACAGGUGAGAUGAAUAUAGGGUGAAAAUCUGCGUUUUAAUGUGGCUUCAUAUUGCAAAGGUUUCCGUUUCUUGUUCUUUUCAUUGAAAACUUCCUAUUUGAUAUUUUUGCUACAUUUUUACAAAUUUAAUUUAAUUCCCUCUGUCCUGGAGCUCGCUGAACGUCUGCUUUGGCUCUGGAAUCCAUCCACGUGUUCCCUCAGAUCUAGCAUGUAGCUAAGGUUUCCACAAAGUGGACUCUUUUUCUUUUUAACCCUUGCAUUGUGAGUGUUAUCUGGGUUCAGCACAUUUGUGAAAUUACGCCAAUGUAUGUUUGAUAAGGAAGCAGAGAGAGGAAAGAUAAAACGGAGAAGCUAAUCCAUCACGCUCUAAAAUCAAUCAUUUCUAUGGGAUUGUACUGUCAUGAACGUGUACUAUGAAAGAGAAGUUCACAUACUUGUUUUUCUUUUUUUCUCAUAUGCUCUUGUUUGUUCAGGCAUAAAAUGCCGGUCACAAAUCCACCGUGGAACAAUCGUUCACUGUCAAGACUCUGUUUCUCUUUGUGGCUGUCUGGUCGACUUUCUACAGAAAAAUGUUAGCCAUCAUUUAAAAUGAGUGUUUGGACUUUCAUGCACAUAAAGCCUCCACCAAGUAAAUGUUUUCUCUGUCAUGUAUUUAUUUUUAAACCUGUGAGCGCAUGUCCUAAAAGGAGAUGAGUUUGAACAGACAUCUUAAUGUUCAUAUUCCAAUUGUGUUCGUUUUUUUUCAGUUUGUGUUUCUUUAAGUUGUGGAACAACUGCAAAAAACCUCAGAGAUCAAUAAUCUACUACUGUCUUUUUAAUCAGAAUGUGCAGAUGCACUUAUGUUUAAUAGAGAUUUGUUUUUAAUAAUGUAUGCGCUUUAUUCUGAGUGCAAAGUAAAUUUUUGCUGUAAAGCUAAACGUGUGAAACAAAUUGGAGAGUGGGUUUUCGGUGAUUUAAAUGAUAACGUUAACUAGGGUAUGGAAGAAAACGUUUUAAAUUUGAAACAAAGCAAUAAACAUUGAGACCUAUAGCAUCAGAGAAGCUGGGUUUGAAGUGAACCUGCUGGUGUGAAGCGCCCCCUUGUGGAGAAGAAUCCUCAGUGUUAAAUUGAGGGGAAGUUCCUGCAGUGAAUAGAGCUUUAUGUUUUAAUUUCUUUUGACUUUAAAAUUUGACAUUUUAAAAGGUAAGUUGACAUAGAAAUGCUGCAACAUUAUGUUAUCACCACUACAAAGAGGUUUACGUUGGUUUGAAACUUUUUUCAAGCCAAUUUCAAUAUUUUAGAUCUUUUUCUACAUCACUUUCCAUAGUAUUGGUGUGAUAUUUUCGUGAAAAAUGAUCCUUCAAUAAAGACUAAGGACAAAUGUGAUGUUAGAUCCUUCACAAAAAUGUU